AUGACACCAUACCAGCCCCCGAGUUCAGUUCCAAACUUGGGAGACGAGCAUUUUUCCAGCCAAUUCGGUAUCAGCAGCCUGUUCAGCUCUCUGAAGGUGGUCCGUUUGUUGCGUUUGGGCCGGGUGGCCCGGAAACUGGACCACUACCUGGAGUAUGGAGCUGCUGUUCUAGUUCUCCUGGUCUGCGUCUUUGGACUGGUGGCCCACUGGCUAGCCUGCAUCUGGUACAGCAUCGGAGACUACGAGGUCAUCGACGAGGCCACCAACACCAUUAAGAUGGACAGCUGGCUGUACCAGUUGGCCAUCAACAUCGGGUCGCCGUACCGCUACAACGCCAGCGGUUCUGGCCAAUGGGAGGGCGGUCCCGGCAAGGAUUCUCUGUACAUCACCUCGCUUUACUUCACCAUGACCAGCUUGACCACCAUCGGCUUCGGGAACAUCGCUCCCACCACAGAUGGGGAGAAGAUCUUCUCGGUGGCUAUGAUGAUGGUGGGAUCUCUGCUCUACGCCACCAUCUUCGGCAACGUGACCACCAUCUUCCAGCAGAUGUACGCCAACACCAACCGCUACCACGAGAUGCUCAACAACGUGCGCGACUUCCUCAAGCUCUACCAGGUGCCCAAGGGCCUGAGCGAGCGCGUCAUGGACUACAUCGUCUCCACGUGGUCCAUGUCCAAAGGCAUCGACACGGAAAAGGUGCUCUCCAUCUGUCCCAAGGACAUGCGGGCUGACAUCUGUGUCCACCUCAACCGCAAGGUGUUCAACGAGCACCCGGCCUUCCGGCUGGCGAGCGACGGCUGCCUGCGCUCCCUGGCGGUGGAGUUCCAGACCACGCACUGUGCCCCGGGCGACCUCAUCUUCCACGCCGGCGAGAGCGUGGACACUCUGUGUUUCGUGGUGUCCGGGUCGCUGGAGGUCAUCCAAGACGACGAGGUCAUCGCCAUCUUAGGUAAAGGCGACGUGUUCGGCGACGUCUUCUGGAAGGAAACCACGCUGGCCCACGCCUGCGCCAACGUGCGGGCGCUGACGUACUGCGACCUGCACGUCAUCAAGAGGGAGGCGCUGCUCAAGGUGUUGGACUUCUACACGGCCUUCGCCAACUCCUUCUCCAGGAACCUCAUCCUCACCUGCAACCUGCGCAAGAGGAUCAUCUUCCGAAAGAUCAGCGAGGUGAAAAAGGAGGAGGAGGAGCGCCAGCGAGCCAAGAACGAGGUGCAGCUCACCAUCCCUCAGGACCAUCCCGUCCGCAAGCUCUUCCAGAAGUUCAAACAGCAGAAAGAGCUGCGGAACCAGGGCGGCGGCGCCUCCUCGCAGUCGGACGUGGACAAGAACCAGCACCUGCACGCUCACGGCCUGCAGCUGGGCCACUCCAGCCUGCAGCGAGCGCACCUGCAAAACGGAGCUCCGCCCAGCAGCAGCGUGCUCACCGUGUCUCAGGUGGUCUACAGCGAGACCCCCGCCAAACAGAACGACGCGCUGGACCUGCGGCCUGCUGAGCAGAGCGUCAGCUUAAAGGUGUGCACCAGCCCUACGCCGGCGCACACAACGCUCAGGACCAGCAGCUGGAUGCGUCUGAAAAGCAACGUGGCGCCCCCUGAGGCACGCCAUCUUGACGGGCUGAACAACAAGGCUGUUUCCGUGGAGAUGCUCUCCCAGGAGGUCAAGGUUCAGGAGAGAGGGCAGGGUGGUGAUAUUGAGGAAGGGGGCCUGUCCGGCGCCAACCCGCUACGUAAGACAGACUCGUGCGACAGCGGCAUCACCAAAAGCGAGCUGCGCAUUGACCGGGCCGGAGAGGCGCGCACCCCCGCAGCCACCACCCCUUUCCUGCACAGUCCGCCCUCUGCGACAUCCCCUCACCCCUUCUGCCCCAUCCCCGAGCAAGCCUUGCAGGCGGCGUUGCAUGAGACUCGGCUGGAGCUCAGGGAGGACAUCCACAGUGUGUGCGGCCGCCUGGGGGCGUUGGAGGGUCAAGUGGCCGAGAUCAUCACACUUCUGUCGGACAAGCGGCGGUCGUCUAUGACGCCGCCAAUCGCUCCGGCCCCCACCCCCAAGACCAAAAUACAGCGGCAGGACAUUUUUACGGUUUCCAGGCCCGUCUCGCCUGACUCUGCAGACAGCUGA